UUUUUUCUUUCUUUUUUUUUUCUUCAAUAUUUUCCCUUUUGUUUUUAAUCGUCGACGGUGAAGAUGAAGAACGGGUGGGGGGAGUACAUGCGGGGUCCGACUUCGGCCUAACAGUGACGAGGACGCUUAUGCACGCGAUAAAUUUUAUCGGGGCGCGGCUUCAGGAGGUUGAUUGGUAAUUAACCCGCAACAGUUUCUAUCCGCCGGAAUACACACACAAAAACACCACCAGCAAGAGUCAUGGUCAAGGUUCUCAUCUUCGGUACCGGCGCGGUAGGCUCCGUCUACGGCUGGAUCCUCCACAAUGCCGGCGCUGAGGUGACGGUGGUGUGCCGAACAAACUACGCCACCGUCAAGGAAAAGGGUCUCUUGAUUCGAUCUGGCGUCUUCGGAAAAGUUCACUACAAACCCACCACUGUCGACUCCGUCUCGGCGGCAAAGGGACCUUUUGAUUUCAUACUCGUCUGCAGCAAAGCGUUCCCCGGGACGUCGGGCCUAAUCCGGGAGGCAGUGUCGGCUGACACGGCAAUUGUCCUUGCCCAAAACGGCAUCUGCAUCGAGGACGAAUACGCAGAAAGCUAUCCUGGUAACGUCAUUAUUUCUGCCGUGGUAUACCUACCUGUCACGCAAGUCGAGCCGGGGGUUAUCGAAAUGGGACUGCUGGAACGCUUCGAGGUCGGAACAUACCCUGCGACCGCCCCUGCAGAAGCCAAGGCAAAAGUCAAGCUGCUACAGGAAUUGUGGAGUGCCGGCGGAGCAACGUGCAAGGUGUUUGACGAUGUGCAGACACAGCGAUGGGUCAAGCUGGCGGUCAACGCUGCUUGGAAUCCCAUGUGCGCGCUGACUCUCUGCGACGACGCCAACCUGCUGCGGUCAUCUCUCGAGGCACUGGGCAUGGUCAAGAAGGUUAUGAUGGAAGUUGGGAAUGUGGCAAAGGCGGCUGGAUACCCAGUUGUGACGGAGGAGGAACUAGAUGGCCAGCUCAGCCGUUCAAAGGAGAGACUGAAGAGCGGGGGGAAGGAGCCCAGCAUGUUGACGGAUAUCCGGAAUCAUCGACCCAUCGAAGUGGAGGCGAUUCUGGGGAAUACAGUACGCAUUGCUCAGCGGCUACGUGUUGAUGUUCCGUACCUGGAAAUUUUGUAUACCCUGGCGAAGGGACUGGACUUUUCUACGGUGCGCCCAAUGGAAUGGAAGCCCCUGGCGACCUUUUAGCUGAGACUGGAGACGAAUGAGAAUGUGCGGAACUCGAGGCUGUCGGGCACAUUGUCCAUGGUUUGGAAGGUGAGCAGAAUAUUCACUGAGCCGAUAGAGUCAUCGAUGAUAUAGAGCUGAUUUAUAUUCGGCGGCCGGACCGGGGGAUUUCGAUAUUGCACGUACCCUUUGCUAAUCCCGG